GGAGCUGCAGAGCUCCGUGGGCGCCAUCCAUGACCGCGUGCAAUACUGGGGUGAUGUUCCCGAGUCGUUUGGGCCGAAUGUCUUUGACGAUGCACAGGAGAGCAUCAAGUACCUUGUUCUCACCAAUACGUGGCCCAAGUUCGUCAAGUCUCGUACGGCGUCGAUAGACUCGGAAAAAACGAUGCAUGGGAUGAAUGUUUGACUUUCUUCUUUACUUUCUUGACUUCUUAACCUUCUAUUUUACCUCCUUUUUACCUUCAACUUACCUUCAACUUACCUUCUUUGACCUUGUUUUGACCUUCUCUUUUCCAUUUUAUGUGUCAUUUUUAAUGAAAAGAUAUACCCUAUUGAUGGAUGGCAAGGCCUAUGUAUAUAUACCAACCGGUAAUGCGAUGAAUACUAAUCAACAAGUAAUAUUAGCCCUUCGGGGUUAUAUAUUUGAACUGACCUUCGCAUGUAAACUUACCAUUCAUGUAAUGAUCUCAUUCAAAGUCUGACUGUGAUCGUCGCUGCGCAUGGAUUCUUGUCUGUCUUGGUACACAUAUAGCAAUCUUGGAGAGGACGGUGUAUGUAGA